AUGCUGAUGGAAUGUUUGGAACCGAUUUUGCGCCCUGCAGAUUAUAUAGGUUCGUUCCUUGUUUCUGGUAAAGAUCAUCACGAAAGAGCUGAAAUAGUGCGUCAAAAGUUGGAAGCAGCUCGCAAAUAUACCCACAGUAAACCAAUUAUCUUGCUGAUAUCUUUAAGUGGAGUUAAAGUUUGUCAUGAAAAUAAGGAGCGCGUUUAUAUGGCUCAUGCACUUCGACGAAUUUCGUAUGCUACCUGUGACCCAGAAAAUCUUCAGUUUGCCUUCCUUGCCAGGGAACCAAAAGCACAACCGAAUGUCCAAUAUUGUCAUGCAUUCGUCACUAUAACACCUGAAGCAGCCGAGGAACUGAAUACCAUAAUGGGAGAGGUUUUUCGCUUAGCGUAUGCCCAGCAACGUCUUCAUACAGUAUCUAACAAUCCUGUUUUGUUUCAUCAGUUUGGUAAGCAUAUACCAGUUUGUCAGGUUCAGAAAGCUCCCAUAACUGUCACAUAUUCUGUUUCUGCUAACCAGGAUAACUCAGUGAGCACAAAAUCUUCAAGUCAAGCUGUCUACGCUGUCAACGUAAAUCCGACCAGUCAAAUAUCCAUGCCUAGCAAACUUCUUCCGCCUUUACCAGAAGCUGAUCAUUGUGCAGCAAGUAACCAGACACCUGUUUCUGUCCAGUUUGAAGUUAACAAUAUUCCAUCAAGUGAAGUUUGUGCUGUCGGUGAUAGACAGAGAGGAAGUAAACCUCAUAAACAUAAACAUCACAAGCAUCAUCAUCGUCAUAAAUUACGAGAUGCAACAACAAGUACGUGUGAACAACUUUUAGGUUCGAGCGACUCUGUUGACCCUACUAUUAAAGUUAAUGAAUCGGAAGGACUCAUAAUGAAGAGUGAACAGAUAAAGCCACCUCCCCCACCACCGCGUUCUCAUUCAUCAGUAACUUCAUCUACGCAGCUGUCAACUAAGAAUAUCACAUCUACCCCAGCUGCAAAUCACCAAAGCCCAAUUUUAAAGCAUCAUGAAAAAUUACACGGAAUGGAAGUAAAUAAAACCCCACAUGAAAUGACUGAAGAUCCUACUGAGGUUUUACCGUUAAGACCUAAAUCUACGACAUCUGCACUGGCACAACACUUCUAUGAUAUGGCUGAUCAUCGCAGCUGUGGUGGUAUCGCUCCUGACAAAGAAACUGCUAUUCCAGAAAAAGAUAUGCAAGAAAGUAACGCUGAAUUUAUCAAUGAUAGUGCUCCAGCCAAUACGUCUACAGCAACAACGACGUCAUCAUCAACUACUGGGUGCUCAACCGCUACAUCUGGCUCUGGUCAUCCUGACUCCAGUUCUGAUAAUAGUUUACCGAUUAGCAAACGUUGUACAUGCACUCCAGGUUGCACCAGUGGUGAACAUACGUGCUCAAUAUUUGGUAAUAAUCCGCAUCCUGGAGAUUCGAAUCAGUUGCUGAAACCCACUGAACAGCACCUUCCCGUUCCUCCCACAUCUCCGUGCUCCACUCCAAACGUCCCUACACAAAAUGUUCCAGAUGAUAUCAAUGAGUUGUCGCAUGCUCCUUGGUAUCUUCCAGAUUUACCACGUGAAAAGGCUUUGGAAAUGCUUGCCAAACAACCUCCUGGAAGUUUUGUUGUCCGAGAUAGCGGAAGUCAUCCAAACAGCUUUGCGUUAUCAGUACGUUCUAGUAAUGGACAAGUAGCUGGUGGCUGUUUCCAUUCUAGACAACCACAUAUACCAGGAAAUCGAACUAAAGAUACAGCCUCCCAGUUGACAUCAGUUUAUCCAUCUUCUACAAGUGGAAUAACUCACUUUCUUAUCCAGAAGACAUCUGGAGGUGGUGUGAAACUCAAAGGAUUAGAUAAAGAAUGGCCAUCACUUGCUUGUCUUGUUUUACACUUAACUGUAAUGCCUGAAAUGCUCCCUUGCCCACUUCGACUUCCAAGAGCUGCAGCAAAUCCCACGUUCUCGCCUACUGACCAUUUUGUUGGUCAUAAUGACUUUGAGAAACCGCCUAAUGUUACCCCGUCACAAUUUCGUCCAACGUGCAAUGCCUUACAACGUGUAACAGAUACAAUUUCACUAGAUGAAGCUUUAGCUCGUCUAACAGAUGAAGACGAAGAUUAUCAGCGUUUAUCUGAUUUCUCUUCCAUUAUGGCUGAUUUAAAAUUACAGCCUAGAAAUGUGAAUAGAAAACAUAAAGUUUCAUCUAAAUCCGGUGGCCGUGGUAGAUAA